GGAACCUCAGGAGGGAUCCUGGGAGGCAAAAGACCAGGUGACCUUGCCAGGUUGACGAGGGAGGCGCCCUGACCGGAAAGGGGAGACCCCCGAGGCUCCCAGCACCCGCCGCUAUGUGCGAGCUGUACAGCAAGCAGGACACCCUGGCGCUGCGGGGGAAGCACAUCGGGCCCUCUUGCAAAGUUUUCUUUGCUGCGGAUCCCAUCAAAAUAGUGCGAGCCCAGGGGCAGUACAUGUUUGAUGAGAAAGGGGACCGGUAUCUGGACUGCAUUAACAACGUGGCGCACGUGGGACACUGUCACCCAGAAGUGGUCAAAGCUGCCCUGAAACAGAUGGAACUCCUAAAUACAAAUUCUCGAUUCCUCCAUGACAACAUUGUGGAGUAUGCCAGACGCCUCUCCGCCACCCUGCCGGAGAAGCUUUCGGUUUGCUACUUUACAAAUUCAGGAUCUGAGGCCAACGACUUAGCUUUGCGCUUGGCUAGGCAGUUCCGAGGCCACCAGGAUGUGAUCACCCUUGACCAUGCUUACCACGGUCACCUGUCAUCUUUAAUUGAGAUCAGUCCAUAUAAAUUUCGGAAGGGCAAAGAUGUCAAGGAGGAAUUUGUACAUGUGGCGCCAACUCCAGAUACAUACCGAGGAAAAUACAGAGAGGACCAUGCAGACCCGGCCAUGGCUUAUGCGGACGAAGUGAAGGAGAUCAUUGAAGCAGCUCAUAGCAGCGGGAGGAAGAUUGCUGCCUUUAUUGCUGAAUCCAUGCAGAGUUGUGGUGGACAAAUAAUUCCUCCAGCAGGCUACUUCCAGAAAGUGGCAGAACAUGUUCACAGAGCAGGAGGAGUGUUUAUAGCUGAUGAAGUUCAGGUAGGCUUUGGCCGAGUUGGAAAAUAUUUCUGGAGCUUCCAAAUGCAUGGUGAAGACUUUGUUCCAGACAUUGUCACUAUGGGAAAACCGAUGGGCAAUGGCCACCCAAUGGCAUGUGUAGUAACAACCAAAGAAAUCGCAGAGGCCUUCAACAGUUCAGGGAUGGAGUAUUUCAAUACGUAUGGGGGAAAUCCUGUAUCUUGUGCUGUUGGUUUGGCUGUAUUGAAUAUAAUUGAAAAUGAAAACCUUCAAGAAAAUGCUGUACAAGUAGGAAAUUAUCUCACUGAAUUACUGAAUAAGCAAAAGGCCAAGCAUCCUAUGAUAGGAGAUAUUAGGGGCAUUGGCCUUUUUAUUGGAAUUGACUUGGUGAAGGACCGUGAGAAAAGAACCCCUGCCACAGCCGAAGCCCAGCACGUCAUCUACAAGAUGAAAGAAAACCGAGUGCUGCUCAGUGCUGAUGGCCCUCAUAGGAAUGUGCUUAAAAUAAAGCCGCCCAUGUGCUUCACCGAGGAGGAUGCGGAGUUCAUGGUGGACCAGCUGGACGGGAUUCUGACAGUUUUAGAAGAAAUCAUGCAAGUCAAAACUGAAAGUGUGACCUCUGAGGGCAUGCCAUGCAAAACAAAGGUGCCUAAGGAAGAGCAUGUGGAAUUCCUUGGAGGCCGCAGCAUCGAAUCCACAGAAAGCCCCAGCAAGAAGAGAAACGGCCUGUGCUCAGAUCAGCGGGCCCUGCCCAGCAAAAGACUGAAGACAUGAACGAAGAGCAUGAUGAAGCCAGAUAAAUAUCCAGAAUUGUAGAAAAUGAGGAGAUGUGUGUCACAUCCCUUAACAAUCUUGUACAAGUAGAAUGUUCAUUCAGUUUUAGAUUUGUCAGUAAGAAGA